AUGAAGUCGGUGACGAGACGACACAGAGAAUUCAUUCCAGAUCAUAAGAAGGAUAAAGAAUAUUGGAUGAAGCGCCAGAAGAAUAAUGCGGCCGCCAAAAAAUCGCGCGAAAAACGCCGCCUUAAUGACGUGGUACUGACAAAUCAGAUCGUCCAACUCACAAACGAGAACAAGCGCCUCAAAGUCGAAUUGCAAGCCAUCAAACAACGAUUUGGCCUUUCCAUUUCAUCGCCUUAC